AUGACCUUGAAUCUUGUCCAACCGAAAAAUAUACUUGCCACAUUGAAACAGAAGGAACCCGACAAUAUAUCAAAUAUAAGGCAAGUGGAUAAAAUUCGGUACCGCACAAACAAGGUGAUUAUGGGAGAUAGAAGUGAGAUGCAACAACUGUUGAAAUUGUUUGAUGAUAACAGUUACGUGUUCCGGUACAAAACUUGCGACGAUGGAGUUAUGGUCCGAGAUAUUUUUUGGACUCAUCCGGAUUCGAUAAAGCUGUUCAACACGUUCUCAACAAUGCUCAUUCUUGAUUCUACCUACAAGACCAACAGUUAUAGACUUCCUUUAUUUGAGAUGGUUAGUGUUACGUCUACCGAGAAGACAUAUGCCAUUGGUUUUGCUUUUCUGGAGUGUGAAAAAAAGGACAAUUUUACAUGGGCAUUAGAGAUGUGUCGGUCACUUUUGAAGGACCAAGUUGAGAUACCUAAAGUGAUUGUUACCGACCGCGAUACCGCGUUGAUGAAUGUGGUAGCAAGGGGGAUUUGUGUCGAGAUUGGGACUCCAUAA